AUGAUCGGAACAUUAUCGCCGCACGCCGCAUCGUCUGUCCUGCUGCUCAGCCAUGAGCGAGGUUUGGGCGCUGCUCCUCUCCACCACCCCACUCCGCCUCCUCCAGUCCGGCGGCCCUUCUCCGUUUCAAUCUCCACCGGCCCCUCCCCGUUUCCCUCGACACCGGCGCUGCUCCCUCUCCAUCGCCAUUCUUCCAGAGCUCCGGCGCAGCUCCUCUCCGGCAGGCACGCGUUCCAGAGAACCCUCAAGCUCAUCAACAUGCUUCGUCAUAUGUUAUGGACUAAAGCACACAUGUUGCGGGAUCACAUGCGUAGAUGUACAAAUUUCAGCACAAUGCAUACAAAACCAGCUAUAGUUGGAAUUGACUUUGGAUGCAAAAAUUCAAGAGUCGCAAUCAUUGAUUCCUUGGUACCACAAGUUCUUGAAAGUGAAAUUGGGCGUUUCACGCCAUCUUAUGUUACUUUGAAACAGCUGAAUUCAUGUGGAGCGUAUGCAUGGGCUCUGCAACACUUAGACCAUGUUGGUGGACGUGUUGCAGUUGGAGAACUUGCAAAGCUUAAAAUGUCAGUACAGCCUUCAGAUGUAGUCUUCAAUGUAAAAAAAUUGGUUGGGAAGAAAUUUGAUGACUGUGACAUCCAAAAAAUGAGGAAGAGGGUCCAUUUUAGCAUUAUUGAAGGGCCAAAAGGAGAAUCUUGGGUAGAAAUUCAUGGAAUGAAAUUUUCGCCUGUGGAAUUUACCAGUGUCAUAUUUGCAAAAUUGAAGGAUAUUGUUUUGAUGCAUCAAUUUCAUCAGAAAUUAGAAGUGGUGAUAAGUGUACCUGUUUUCUUCACUGAACAACAAAAGGAAGACAUCAGGUCAGCAGGAAAAAGAGCAGGCUUGGAUGUAUUGGAAUUGAUAGAUGAACCAAGAGCUGCUGCUCUUUCUAGCACUACAGUAAAAGAAGGUUUCGUUGUUGUUUUUGGCAUGGGUGCUGGAUCAUACAGUGUCGCAAUCUUUCAAGUGUCUGACACAAACAUUGAGAUCAAAACUCAACUUGGUGACACCUCUAUUGGUGGGGAUCAAUUUGACGAUAUACUAGUGGACCAUUUUGUUACGCAGAUUGCCAAAUUUCAUUCGGUAGACAUUCAUGGAGAUAAACAUGCCAUGGCAACUCUUGCAGAAGUUGUGGAGCAAGCUAAAGUGAAAUUAUCAAGUGAACCUGAAGUCACAGUUUCAAUCCCUUACUUCGCUGCAUCCCGUCAAGGUCCUAUUCAUCUUAACAUUACUAUUUCUCGCGCAGAGUUUGAGAAGUUAGUUAAUAACUUGAUAGAACAAAUUAAAGACAAGUGUCAGAUCGUUUUGAAAGAGGCUAGUAUUGCUGACAAUGAUAUUGGUGAAAUUGUAUUCACUGGGGGGAUGACAAGAGUUCCCAAGAUACGGGAAACUAUUUAUCAAGUCUUCGGCAAGCAUCAGACCGCAAGGGUGGACCCUGAGGAAGCUGUGGUUAUAGGUUCUGCAAUACAAGCCGCUCUCAUUGUAGAAGAACGGCAGGAGAUGAGUAAAGACAUGAUUCCACUCUCUAUCGGAAUCGAGUGUGAUGAAGGCAUUUUUGCGAGGGUCAUUCCAAGGCACACCACACUUCCGACGAAACAGACAGUUAAGAUUCCUGUAUGGUGUGAUCAAGGGAAAAGGCUGUGUAUCAGGACUUUUGUUGGUGACCAUGUAUUAGUUGAACAUAAUACACAUCUGGGAGAUGUAGAAUUAAUCAAUAAGCAAUCAUAUCAAGGUCCUGUUGAUUUUGAAUUGACCUUUGAAGUUGAUAAGGACUGUGUGGUUAAAGUAAGUGCCAGUAAUGCUGAUGAUCAGCUUGAAGUAGCUGAUGAUAUGAGGAAAGCAUUGAAGCCCUUCCCAGUAUUUGAGAAGGUUAUAGAUGAGAAGCUUAUGAGUAAACAUAGCGUCAACAAUGCUGUCAGAAAUGCUCUACUUGACUGGCGGAUGUAUGCAGAAGAAAUCAAUGCCCGUAUGAGAAACUUGGCAAGAUUUAUAAUAAAUACUCUCAGUGAUGUCCUGUCACUCAGAAAAGAUGAACUUCCGAAGGACCUUUGCGAGGAUGCAGUGAAGGCAUUGGCUGAUUUGCAAAUGGCAUUGGAUGGAGAUAUUACUGUGUUAAAAGAUAAAGUGCUCUCUGCUAAAUCAAUUGAAUUAACUCUGCUGCAGUGGAGGCCACCUUCAGAAUCUAGGGAUUAGAGAUUACUCGGAUUCUGAGAAUUAAGAUAAACGAGGCAGCAGAAACCAAUUCUAAACCAGUUAACUAUGUGAUGCUGGCUCAUUAUAUUAUGUCAUUUUUCUUAUCAAGUUUCAUGGUAUAGUAGCGCUUUGUGCGCGAGGAAAAGUUACCAUGUGAACUUUGUUGUGUGCACUAAGAUACAUCCUAGCAGUUAAAAUUGAUUUGACGCUAUGUUUUGAAGUCUUGACUAGUACUGCCAUGUUAGCCGUGGAA